UAUAGGGCCAUAAUAAAGUAGGGCAAAAUCUCAAUUUCCAGUAUCCAAAUCAGAAGAAGAGAGGAGGAAGAAGAAGCCAGACCGAGAAGAAAUUAUGUCUUCGCUUGCAGCUGCUAGAGCAGAUAACUUUUACUAUCCUCCAGAAUGGGAUCCAAGUCAGGGCUCCUUGAACAAGUUUCAUGGACAACAUGCUUUGAGAGAGAGGGCGAGGAAAAUAGAUCAAGGCAUUUUGAUUAUAAGGUUCGAAAUGCCUUUCAAUAUAUGGUGUGGGGGGUGCAAUUCUAUGAUAGCAAAAGGUGUACGGUUCAAUGCUGAGAAAAAGCAAGUGGGAAAUUAUUAUUCUACAAAGAUAUGGAGCUUUACCAUGAAGUCUGCGUGCUGCAAACAUGAGAUAGUCAUUCAGACGGACCCCAAAAAUUGUGAGUAUGUGAUCAUUAGUGGGGCUCAGCGGAAAACUGAAGUGUUUGAUGUUGAGGACGCAGAGACAUUAGAACUCCCUGCUGAUGAAGAAAGAGGCAAGCUUGCUGAUCCAUUUUAUCGUCUUGAACACCAGGAGGAGGAUUUGCAGAAGAAGAAAGAAGCUGAGCCAGUACUGGUUCGCCUUCAGCGUGUAUCUGAUGCCAGGCAUUCAGAUGACUAUGCCCUCAACAAAGCUCUGCGUGCCAAACUUAGAAGUCAAAAGAAGAGGGUUUUUGAAGAAGAAUCUGCUUCAAGGAAAAUGGGCCUAAGCAUUCGACUACUUCCGGCAAGUGAAGAAGAUGGUGCUACUGCUGCAGGAGUCAAAUUUUCUUCCAAGUUUGAGAGAAACAGGAAAGAUAAGAGAGCAUUGAUUAAAGCUGCUUCAAUCUUCCCUGGAUCAUCUGGGUCGUCCUCGUCCAAUAAGAAGAGGUUGGAGCUCGAGUCCAAGAGAAGAAAAAUCUGUGCAGCUGCAGCUUCUAACUUGCUGACACAGGGGUUCAAACCAUCAUCAUGGUCACAAGAUGCUGUGAAGAAGAGUGCUUCCUUGAAUGCACGGAAAUUUUAGCUCGAGUUUUCUGACUGCUGUUUCUAUUCACAUAUAAGAUAGCUGGAAUGGAUGGAUUCCAAUCUCUGAUGUUUCUUGUGAAAGAUUGUGGUGGUGGAUCAUGUAUAUAGUUACACAUUUACUGCUAGAUAACUGUUCUCUUUGGUCAUAACAAAUCUGUUAUAUGUCUCAUAGGUGUUGCAUAUGACUUGAUUCUGCUGAGAAUUUGGAAUGAACUAGAUAUUUUUGCCCCCAA